AUGCUGUCCAAACUUACCUUGUUAACGCUCUGCGUUACAUCUGUCCUCGCGGCUCGUGUUCCAGUCACGGGAGCCGAAGUGACGAAUUCAGGCACACCACUGAGGCGUAACGUUGACGAACUUUCGAAUUCUGGAGCCCCAUGGGACCUCUUCAUCCUUGCGCUGAACGCAAUGAAUGAUGCAGAUGUUCAGAACGAUACGUCAUUCUUCCAAAUUGCUGGGAUCCACGGCUGGCCAUAUAAGGAGUGGAACGAUGCUGGGUCCGAGAACAGCACAGAUUCGGCUGGAUAUUGCCCCCACAAUGAGAACAUAUUUGUUGCUUGGCACCGACCAUACAUGGCACUCUUUGAGCAAGAGCUUGUCCGUCAAGCGAGACUGAUUGCGGAUAUGUAUCCCGAGCCAAACCGUCAGGAGUAUCGUGCGGCGGCGGAAAAUCUGCGUCUUCCAUUUUGGGAUUGGGGAUUCGACUCCCAUGUUCCGAAUGCUACUGUUCCGAAGACUGUCAUUGUCCAAGCUCCUGGAGGAAAAACGAAUGUCAGCAAUCCGUUGGCAACUUAUAAGUUUCCCAACGAUGAUCGUCCGCCAAGAUCGGGAAACUUAAGCAAUAUCCAGACUGAGCGAUGCAAGUACGGUAACGGGUACCCAGAGGAGGCAAACAAGUUGCUCCGGCAAUGGGUGAACAAGCAAAAUAUUUACGACCUCUUCAGCAAAUCCAAAAAUUUUGGUGAAUUCGCCUCCACAGUAACCAAUGGAGGUAGUCUCGAAGGAAUUCAUGGUACCAUUCAUAGACAUGCUGCUUGUUACCAGCAUUUCGCCACUAUUAGAUUCUCUGCAUUUGACCCUCUAUUCUUGCUUCAUCAUGCAAACGUUGAUCGGCUAUGGGCUUACUGGGAAGCCAUCCACCCUGAAUCAGCAAUAUUCAAUGACACGUAUGUUACUACUGGGUCGCGCUUCUCAACCCCCAGAGGAACAAAGAUCACGCCAGAUUCUCCCCUCAAACCGUUCUUCCAAAAAGACGGAACCACGUUUCAUACUACGAAAUCGGUUGCAAGCAUCAAGACCUUUGGAUACUCGUACGAAGAUAUCGACUCCGGUGAGGAUGCUGUUAACACCCUCAUCAACCGGCUAUAUGGCCAAAAAAUUGGUUCUGCAUCUCACUCGUUGCGUGUGAGAGGGCAGACCCCAACAACGCGUUACUUUGUCCAAAUUCAGCUGGAGAAAGGACAAGUAGAGCUACCAUGUCAGGUCAAUUUAUACCUGCGAGGAAUGCCGGCUGGUAGCAUAGUUGCUAUGGAGCAGCCAAGGGACGGAAUUUUGCACGGAGGGUUCACCAUCGACGAAGCCAUACAGGCUGGUGGGUUUGGUUCACUGUCCGUCGAUUCGAUAGUAGAGUCCGUCCAGUCAUCCAUUGAAGUGGAUAUUACCAAGGGAGACGGAAGUAGAAUCGCUGUUAGUUCUGUAUCGAGCCUGAAAAUUGAGUUGGAGGAUGUAGUCGUCACGCCGCCUGCAUCCGAUAAGGAGUUAUCCAAGUUCGGUACACCAAGGCUUCGUACUGUUGAUGUGAAGGAACGUUCUGAAGGGGCAUCGAUAGGGCCGCUUUGA